AAUCAAUACAUGCACAAGGACAGCUAUUACUAAGCUUAACAUAUAUUAUACAUGAUCAGCUAAACACAAAUAUAUUCAUGAUCAACCUAGCAGUUGGACUGAAUAAACUUGAGUGACAGAUCAUAAAAGAUUAUAACAGACAGCUGAAACAUAUGGAUACUCUUGAUAAGAAUUGGAUUAAAGAAGAACCAUUUUUAUGAUAAGGAUUAUCACAAAGAAGAACCAAUUUUAUGAUAAGGAUUAUCACAAAAAAAACAUCUAAAUUUUCAGUUACAAACUGAGAAACAGUGAGUUCAUAGUUACCAUAAAAACCAUGGCUGGAUUAAAAAAAAUCAUUAAGUUCAUCUUUGUGGUAUUACUAGUAUUAGUGUGUUUGAAUUUAUUUACAAUUACACCAUCAAAAGAGAAAACACUGAAACACUUACAGUUCACACAACUACAAACAAUCAAAAAAGUAUAUCAGAAAAUGAAAGCGUAUAUGAGUUCCAUUUUCAGUGCAUCCCAAGAAAAUUCAAAGUGGGAUUCAUUAAAAUGCUCUACAAUUGACAAAACCCACAUGACACCUAAAUUGAAACUAAGGAGGGCACAAUCAAAUGUUCCUCCUGAGUUAUAUCACAUGAACUGGACCAAUAGGAUGCUCGACAAUUACAAGGUUUUAAAAUGGCCGAGAUGGGAUAUCUGCAAGGUUAGAGAAGAUGAGAAUCUUCUUCUGUUGUUUAUUAUUAGUGACAAAUCUAGUGGACACAUGCGUCGUUCUAUCAGGGAAACAUUUGGUUCAGUAAAGAAGAUAGCAACCUGGCAGAUACGAACAGUAUUCAUAUUUGGAGAUGAACUCAAUCAAACGUUGUCGAAUGUUUUUGAUGAAACUGAUCUUUUGGUUGGAAAUUUUUCGGAUGAGUAUGACAAAAUGACACACAAAGUUGCAUUUGGUUUUAAAUGGAUUCAGUUGUAUUGUCCAAGAGCAAAUUUUGUGUUUCGUCUAACCCAGGACACAUCUUUAAACCUA